AUGGCGCCCCGCAAGAAGACCGAAGAGAAGGCGACGGCCAACGAGGCAGCAGACAUGGUGCUGCAAUAUCUGCACAAGCAAAACCGCCCUUACUCAGCCAUUGAUGUGUCUGCCAACUUGCAUAACAAGGUCACCAAAGCCGCCGCAGCAAAAAUCCUCAAAGACCUCCAUGAGCAGAAAUUGAUUGAAGGCCGUGCAGCUGGUAUAAUAAUCUCCGCCUUCACCAAUACACAACGUCUAACAUCCCCAGGCAAACAAAUCGUCUACCACGCCCUACAGAACGCAGCAGAAGCCUGUACAACCUCCGAGCUCGCCGCCCUCGACACCACCAUCCUCGACCUCCGCACCCGCACCACCGCCCUCCUCGCCACCGCAAAAGCCCUCCGCAGCACCCUCUCCAGCCUCAACUCAACCCUCAGCACCGCCGACCUCGUCACGCACGUGCACGCGCUCGAGCAAGAGAAGACGCAGCUUGAAACCCGACUUGAUGCGUUGAGGAAGGGCAAGGCGAAGAAGAUUUCAAGGGAGGAGAGGGAGGGUGUGGAGAUGGAGUGGAAGAAGUGGGGGAAGGUGGCGAAGGCGAGAGAGCGCAUUGUUAAGGAGAUGUGGGGGGUUAUUGAGGAGGGGGUGGGGGAUCUGGCGGUUAGAGAGGAGAUGAGGGAGAUGUUUGAUUUGGAUGGGUAG